GCGGGGGCCGGCGGCGGGAGCUGUCCGCGAGCCCUAGUGCUGAAGUAGGCUCGGACGAGCCUGGCGCCUGGUGCGUAGAACCCGGUGCGUGGUGCCCAGGCCAGAGAAGACCAUGGCAUUCAUGGUGAAGACCAUGGUGGGCGGCCAGCUGAAGAACCUCACCGGGAGCCUGGGGGGCGGCGAAGACAAGGGGGACGGGGACAAGUCGGCGGCCGAAGCGCAGGGCAUGAGCCGAGAGGAGUAUGAGGAGUAUCAGAAGCAACUGGUGGAAGAAAAGAUGGAGAGGGACGCGCAGUUCACACAGAGGAAGGCCGAGCGGGCCACGCUGCGGAGCCACUUCCGAGACAAAUACCGGCUCCCCAAGAAUGAGACAGAUGAGAGCCAGAUCCAGAUGGCAGGUGGAGACGUGGAACUGCCCCGGGAGCUGGCCAAGAUGAUUGAGGAGGACACAGAGGAGGAGGAGGAGAAGGCCUCGGUCCUCGGGCAGCUGGCCAGCCUCCCUGGCUUGGACCUUGGCUCACUCAAGGACAAGGCCCAGGCCACAUUGGGGGACCUAAAGCAAUCAGCUGAGAAGUGCCACAUCAUGUGACGACUUUCCCUGGAGUUGCCCACUGGGGUGAUCAGAGGGCUGGGCCCACAUGAGGGCUAAGAGCAUGUCUCAACUUCCAGGGACCUAUACCCCAUCUUGGCUUUGUUUUCCCUGCUCCACACUAGCCUUAGGAUCCUUCUCAUCCAUGGCCCAAGCCUACUUUCCUAGUCUCUCCCUCUCCACUGGGAGCGAAGUCCUCAUUUCUCACCCUACCCUCAGGACCCCGACUCAGCCUGGGGAGGCCUCCCAAGAUUGUAGGAAUAGGCCCGUGCUCUCUGGCCAUAGCCCCAAGUUCUUGCACAUAGGAGCACCCACAGAGAGACACACAGAGGCACAUGGGAACCCUGGGAUGUGCAGAGGCAUACACCACAGAUGCAUCCUGGCACACAAAGACACACACACCCAGGCCAGCUGCCCUGUGUGCCUCACGCCUCCAGACACCAGCCCUCAGAGAUGCUGGGAGGAGGCUUUGGACAGACGCCCUCAGCAAGCAGGAGGCCUGAGUUCGAGUCUCCACAUGUGUUCUCUUUGAACGCCACUGCUCUUUCUGGGCCUCAUUUCAUCAUCUGUAAAAUAGGGGUGGACUGGGUGAUUUCUAACACUUUCUAGCUUGGCCUCCCUGGCCCUCAGAGCCAAUCCUACACCCUUCCUUCAGCAGGGCAGCAGCUGCAGCCAUAGCCUCAAGCAGCUGCCAUUGUACUGUGGGCUCUGGCUCCUGGAGCUGAGCGAUGCUGUGGGAGGGCCUGAGUACCAAGGAUGAAGCUGGCACUGAACAUUAGCCCGGGAAGCUCCAGGCCUCCUCUGGGCCCAGGCCCAGGCAAUUUGUGUUCUGUCCCUGUAGAACUCUCUGGAUUCCAUAGCUGGAUCUCCUCUCUUGGCUCAGUGAAAAAUAAAAAUUCCAAAUGGCA